AUGAGUGGAUAUGCCUCAUCCACAUCGCUGGUUAAUCCAAUUUCUUUGAAGAGGGUCAAUACGAGUUUGAAUUAUAAAGCCCUUACUUCUAGAUUGGGGUUAUCGGAUGAGGAUGAAAAACAAGAGACUAAGGAAACUGUAAAUUUGGAUGGAGAGGGAUAUUCAAUUACUUUUGAAAUACCUAACAAGAAUGAAGGAUGGAGAGUUGAUAAGGAAUAUGAGGAUGUUGAUGCUUUUUAUAAUGCCUUAAGUGUUACUUCAACAAAAGUUACGGAUAUUGUUGGUGCUGGUCUUCCGACAAGAAAGACCGAUAUUGAUAUGAAGGAAUUUGAUAAUUUAAUGAAGGCGGAAAUUGGAAUACAAUUUACUAGUAAUAUUGGAUCAUAUAAUCCGCUUGUAGCAGCAAAUAAUCGAGAUAAAGCAAUUAAGAGAGCAAUUGAAAUGCAUAAGGAAAAAAUUGUUGAUGAUAUGAGUCGAAAAUAUAAAACAAUGAUGAAAAAAGGAGUAUUUGAUGAGGAAACAAACAAGAUUAGAAUUCAAAAUAUUGCUCGAUGCUCUUUUUCAAAAGACAUUCUUAUGGAAGAUAAGAAUUUUGACAAAAAGCUCUUGAACAACCAACAUUUGAAACCGAGAAGUGGACCUCCUGGAAAUAUCACUCCCCGACAAAAAAGUAUGCCUGGAAAGAAAGAAGACUUUCAAUAUGGUUUUCUCUCUGGAUUGUACUCUACCAAUGAUGAUGAGAAACCUCAGAACCCAAGCUCUGUAUUAACUAAAGUUCCAACUGCUUCUGAAAAGAGGGUUUUCAAAUCAUUCGAGGAAACAAACCAAACCAAAUUUUUGGAUAAGAUCUUGUCCUAUAAUAUGACACCUGCCACAACACUUUCUAGAAAUCCCUUCUUAAGUGAAGAGGUUAAGAUGGUUAUGGACAGGGAUUUGGGAGAUGUUGGAUCGAAUGGUCCACGAAUUCAUAAGGACAGAGGAAAACAGGAAAAACCUUCUGCAGUAGAUAAAAAAGUGAAAGUAAAAGAUGAUCCCGUGUCUCUAAGGGAUAAACAGAAGCACAUUUUGGAGGCAAGAAAGAGAAAACUUUCAGAGGCUUCAAAACAAACAGAAGCUGAACAAAUUAACACUACAGCUACUAAAAUUAUGGAGUUAACAAAAUAUGAUCCUACAAAUUGUGGUGAGAAGACUCUGACAGAAAUAAUGCCCUCUCUGGAUUACAGUAUUUCUCAAAUGUUGGAAAAGAUUUUGGAGUUGGAAGAACUUCAAGAGGAAGAGGACAUUUUAUGUUAUUUAAAUGUAAAACCAGCAUUCGCAGAUGGUGGAAUUUUAAAGGACAACACUUUGGAUGCGUUCUUAUAUGGAACAUUGGAUACGAAAACAGAUCCAGAUAUAUUUUCUCAAAGAGAACAAUUCUUGAUGCAAGAAUUCAAAGAAUUCAAUCCUAAAGAAAUUGAGAAACAGAAACAAAAUCUCACCCAAGCUAACAUUAAGAAUACCAAACUUACUAUGGAUACUCUUGAGAGAUACAAGGAAGAGAAAAAUCAAGGCCAGUUUGAGCAGCUUUUCUCUGCAAAGCAAAAGCUGAUGAAAGACGAGGAAUGGCAAGAAAGAGACAAGUACAUAACUGAAAUGUGUCAAUCAUUGGAAAAAUUAAUUGUAGAUAUGUGUAAUGAAAUGAAAAAGAUGAACGAAAACAAAUUAAUUAGUGCUGUGACUCCAAGAUAUUCAGUUUUGGAUGAUAUGGCAACAACAAUGGUCACCAUUUUGAAGUGUAUUCCAUUUGAUUGGAAUCCAAGAACAAAAAGAGAGUGGUCUCAAGGAGCUGAAGUUCUGCUCAUGUGGUCCAUGAAACUCUCUUCAACCCUUAACAUUAAUAGACACGAGCACAUAAUCAAAUUAGCCAAAUUUUAUGUAAAUAUUUUCUUCGAGAAUGAGGUUUUAAUGAAUAAUUUAUUCGAGCAUUACAAAGAAGUAGUUAUUGAUGAAAUUAAGAAACCAAAAUUGAAUACUAAUGAAGAUGACGAGGAGGAAGAGUUAAAACUUCCAAAGAUUAAUACAUUCUCUGAGUGGAAAAAUCCUGAUGAGGAUGAUGACGAGGAUGACAGCGAUAGUGGAGAACGUAUGUCUCCAACUAUGCUGUCUCAUAAUUUAGAGCUCAAGAGACGAAGAGUUUCAAGAAUCAAACAUGUUUUAUUUAUUAUUAUUAAUUAUAUCAACCAUUGUAACACAUAUACACAGGAUGUGUUCAAACAAAUAGUUCAAAAAGAGAAACAAAAAUUCAAAUUUGAGAAGGCAAUUAAAGAAAAAUCCUUGAAAGAAACUGGAAAACAAGAAUUAGUACAAUCAUUCUUGGAAAAACGUGGCCUUUUGGAUAUAACAAACUAUAUUAAGAAUACAGAUUGGAAACACGACAGUGACACGAUGGAGGAAAAUCUUCCAAGAGAUCACAUUGACACUGAAGUUAGAAAGGAGAAGGAAAUUGAUUUAUUUGCGAAUAUAAUCAAACGAGAGAACGACCACAGGACCAGUAAAUCAAACUUGAAAGGAAGCAAGCAUAAUAAGUCAACACCAAGAAUUCCUACAGAUCUUCCAACUUCAAGAUCAACCAAAUCAAAAGACCCUGUUCUUAAAAAGACUCUUGUUGUUGGUGAUAUUCCUGAAAAACCACCUCUUGAAUAUCAAAGAUCUUAUUAUAUUGAGCCACCAAAAGGAAUACCUUAUUUCCCAACUAAAAGCACAAACGAACCAGUUAUUUCUUCGAAAACAAAGAUCGAUACGACACAACCUAUGCCCGAUAUAAUGGCCUCUGAGAAUAGUUUAAUGUUUACUGGAAGUGAUCAUAGUAAUGAUUACGCGGAUGAGAAUCAAUCUGUUACCAAGAGCAAACAAACAGACGAUUCCAUUCUAGACCAAAUCUCUGAUAUUGAACAUAAGAGUUUAUCUCGACAAGGAAGUAAUACAUUUAGUGAGGAUGCUGUUAUGCAUGAAGAUAUGUCCAAUGACAAUGAAGAAGACCAUGAUUUAGAGGUGAAAGAAGAUCAUCAGGAACCAAUUGCUCCAACUCCAAAACCACAAUAUCAUCCAGAAGAGGUGAAUAUUGGUACACCUGGUAGUGAUGCUAUUAGUUUACAUUCCAUGAAUUCUGACUCAUCCAUGAUCAGUACAAAGAGCAAUGACCAUGAUAACAUUAAGAUUAAGAAACCAUCAUCUAAAAAGAGAACUACCCCUGAUGUUACUUCUAUUCAUGAGAAAAAAUCUAAGAAUCUUAGAAGGUACACUCUUCAAAAGAGAUCUACAAGUAGUGCUAGUGGAACGACAACCAAUAGUCAAAACUCAAGGAAUACAUCGAGAGCUUCAGAGAGAAACGAAACUCCACCUCCGGUUGAACCUAAAAAAUCCUCAUCCCCUGUAAAACUAACAGCUAAGAAUUUAGAAUUAUCUAAUCAAUUGAACCAGUCAAUGACAACCCCAUUAUCUGAAGCUGAUACAAAUUCUGAUAUUUUAAGAGUGUCUAUUAGAUCUUCCACUUCAAUUAUUUUGAAGGAUGAUAGCCCAAGAAGUACUAAAACUCCAAGAUCUCGUAGGUCUUUACCAUCUUCAGAAAAGAAAAAUCCACAUUCUGGAAAAUGGGCAAUCAAAACAUCCAUUUUUCAAAAUAUGUUCGACAACUCAACUCUCUUCACAGGUGAUGACUCGCCUAGGAGACUCGACAAUAAUGUUGAUAGAUUUGAUAGUGUUACAUUAUUGGAAAAGUUAGAACAAGUUUGGGAUGAUUUGUUAAUACCAGCUGGCUUUAAAAUCAAAUUAUACCAAAGGUAUGGUAGCUCUAAAUAUAUUGGUAAUGUAAAUUUGAUGAAAGAUGCCUACAAGACAUGGAAACAGGGAGCAACCGUUGUUGCUGCAAGAGAAACCGUUCUUAUGGAGUUGAAAGAAUUUGAGAAUACCCUAAACUCAAAUAUUCAGAAGCUGACCACUUUUUCUGAUAAGGUACAAGAGCAAAAGCUCAGAUCAACUCUGUUCAAGAGAUUAAGCAUACUUGGUACCGAAUGUGAAAAAUUGAAUAGGAAAUUGAAAAAGGAUCACAAUGACAAUCUCAGUUACAAUAGUGAAAUGCCAUAUAUAGAUAAGAUGAAAUACGAUUAUCUGUCAAUUAUUGCUGGAAUUGAAAGUCUUACCGAGAAAAAUCAACCUAUUGAUGUGAACACUUCAAUAGAACGACUCAGAUCUCCAAAUAAGAAAACAGCUGAUGUUACAAAGGUAGAUUUAAUCUUAAGUUACGAGAAAUAA